AUGGCCUUGGAAAUUGUUCGUGACGCCAGCGGUAGAGCAGAGGUCUGCUUUUCUAGAUCUCCCUCUCGACAUCCUUUGCAGUAUAUGCGACGAACUCCCUCUAUCCGCAAAGAUCCUACUCUCUCAUACCUGCAAGGCUAUGUGGUACAUGCUGCGCAGUGCAAUAUCUUACACCCUGUGGAACCUGAUGACAUCCCAAAUUUGACAAACUGGCAUCGCCGCCGCCACUCAUGCCGCACACCAUACCAAAUGUUUGAUCAUCUGCGUCCGCAACGCUCCUACGCAGUUUCGUUCCAUCACGUACAGCUGGCACUGAAGUACUCUCGAAUGAAGGAAAAGCACCAGGAUUGUCGGACGAACAUUCUUCAAAAUUUUGAGAUUCGUCCAGUCGGCUCUCCUAUCAUCAAGACAUUCGCCGCAAAGCCGAAGGUCGUCAACGCCAGAUUCAUACUGUUGGCGACAUACGUCCUGUAUGCAGGUCCGCUUCGAGACGCAGCAAAGAAAGAUUACUACAAGUAUAUAGUAUUCUGCCCUCACCACCAUUUUGGCCUUGGCACGGGACUAGGCCACUCCUUUGCCGCGAUUUUGCAAAAGGCUGUUAUCAAUGCGGCGACUAUGCCAGAUCAACACACUGAGCUGUUUUCAUGUCAUCGCUGCCCAACAGACUAUUCGGUGGUGGUCCAAGGUGAUGAGGCCGUCCUCGAGGCUUGGCAUGACCUGGGAAAUGGAUUCUCUGUUGAGGAUCCCAGCUGGCAAAGUCACCUUUGGUCAGACCAGAAUGGGUUAACCAAAGGAUUGCAGUUCAACUAUGAACAUGGCAGUAUCUCCAAGAUGUAUGAUAGCUGCCACAGUUGA